CCAUUUUACAUUGAGAAAAAAGAGAUCAAGGGCCUUCUCCACAACAAGAUUAGUUCUCGGCUUUACUGUACCGGUAUUAAUUGGAUGCUCACGUUAGGUCGUUUGUUAAACGUUGAGUCCCCUAACAGAACAGGCGUCCUCCGCCUAGACUGCCUAUGAUCCUACGACCCUCCGACCGACAGUUUGAAUAUCCCUCCACUUUCUUCCGGUCUCCAUCAUUUCCCGCUUCUUGGACCAUCCCAUCAAUCUCAAUCUCCCUCCACACCCUCUUGACCCCCUUUUACCUCUUUUUUUCUUCCUUCUCUUUUUUCUAUUCCCCCCUCUCCCGUCGUAAUCGCUUCCCUUCUCACAUCAGAGAGUAUUCCUUUCUCUGUUGCCUUGUCGAGUUGGUGGUCGUCGCCUCCUUUGAUUCGUCCCUUUUUUUUCUGUGGCUGUCCCCAGCUCAGCUAGGCCUCAACGCCUUGCCCCUCCACCUCCCACCGCGUUUCUGGGUCAUCCGCCUUGAAUAGUUGGAAGUAAUAGAACUGUCACUCAGGGAAUACCAAAAUCAAUGUGGUAAACGAUAUCGACGAAUAACCCUUCUAAUCUUCGAAUCGAAUCCAACAUCAUGGCUUCGAUUCUUCUGCCGAAGCGCUUCCGCGGCGAGGCGCCCGUCACCGAAAAAACUACACCGUCAUGGGCCUCCAAGCGACUUACGCCCAUCGCCCAGUUCCUCUCCCGACUCGCGUGCUCUCACCCGAUCCAUACCGUCGUCGUUGUCGCCGUCCUCGCGAGCACCUCAUACGUCGGCCUUCUUCAGGAGAGCCUCUUUAACACCGACGUUGAAAGUGCUACUCUUGGCAAGGCCGAUUGGUCUACCCUCGUUGAGGGUAGCAGAGUCCUACGCGCAGGACCUGAGACUGCUUGGAACUGGAAGGCCGUCGAGCAGGACGCCGUUCCCGAUGCUGGCUCGGAUGCCGACCACCUUGCCCUCCUGACUCUUGUCUUCCCCGACAGCCUCUCCGCCGAAUCCUCCAGCACUGCUCCUCGCUCUCACCACGUACCUAUCCCUCAGAACCUGUCUAUUACGUCUCUUCCCUCUACCGAGAACCCGUUCACCGCCUACUCCCAGGACAGCAUUCUCGCCUACGCUCUUCCCUACUCUGAGGGCCCCGAGUUCCUGGCUGCUGCCCAGGAGAUUCCCAACGAAGAUGCCGUCGAGAUUGAGACCAAGCACGGACGCGAGAAGAAAACAUGGAUCAUGAAGGCUGCCAAGGUCAACACCCGCAACAGCGUUGUCCAGUGGGUCAGCAAUGCUUGGACUGAGUUCGUCGACCUUCUCAAGAACGCCGAGACUCUCGAUAUUGUCAUCAUGCUUCUUGGUUAUAUCGCUAUGCACCUGACCUUUGUUUCCCUCUUCCUCUCUAUGCGCAAGAUGGGUUCCAAGUUCUGGCUCGGUGUCUGCACUCUGUUCUCCUCUGUCUUUGCCUUCCUCUUUGGUCUUGUGGUCACUACCAAGCUGGGUGUUCCCAUCAGCGUCAUACUUCUGUCUGAGGGUCUCCCCUUCUUGGUUGUCACCAUUGGAUUCGAGAAGAACAUUGUUCUCACCCGUGCCGUCAUGUCCCACGCCAUUGAGCAUCGACGAAUCCAGGCUCAGAACUCCAAGUCUGGCAAGCGAUCUCCUGAGCGCUCCAUGCAGAACAUGAUUCAAUACGCUGUUCAGGCCGCCAUCAAGGAGAAGGGUUUCGAGAUCAUCCGCGAUUACGCUAUUGAGAUCGUCAUUCUCGUCAUUGGUGCUGCUUCUGGUGUUCAGGGUGGUCUUCAGCAGUUCUGCUUCUUGGCCGCCUGGACCCUGUUCUUCGACUUCAUCCUCCUCUUCACUUUCUACACUGCCAUUCUCAGCAUCAAGCUUGAAAUCAACCGUAUCAAGCGCCAUGUUGAUAUGCGUAUGGCCCUUGAGGAUGAUGGUGUCAGCCGCCGUGUUGCCGAGAACGUCGCCAAGGGUGAUGAUGAUUUGAACCGCGUCAAGGGCGACACCUCUCUGUUCGGCCGCAAGAGCAGCAGCAUUCCCAAGUUCAAGGUCUUGAUGAUUCUCGGCUUCAUCUUCGUCAACAUUGUCAACAUCUGCUCGAUCCCAUUCCGCAACCCCAGCUCUAUGUCCACCAUCCGAACUUGGGCCAGCAGUCUGGGCGGCGUCAUCGCUCCUCUCUCCGUUGACCCCUUCAAGGUUGCCUCCAACGGUCUGGAUGCUAUCCUCGCUACCGCCAAGGCCAACAACCGACCUACCUUGGUCACUGUCUUGACUCCCAUCAAGUACGAGCUCGAGUACCCUUCGAUCCACUACGCCCUAGGUUCUGCUGCCAACAGCCCUGCCUACAACGAUGCUUUCCACCACCACUUCCAGGGCUACGGUGUCGGCGGCCGCAUGGUUGGCGGUAUUCUCAAGUCUCUUGAGGAUCCCGUUCUGUCCAAGUGGAUUGUCAUUGCCCUUGCUCUCAGUGUCGCUCUUAACGGCUACCUCUUCAACGUCGCUCGCUGGGGAAUCAAGGACCCCAAUGUCCCUGAGCACAGCAUCGACCGAAACGAGCUCGCCCGUGCGCAGCAGUUCAACGACACCGGCUCCGCUACUCUUCCUCUCGGCGAAUACGUUCCUCCCACUCCUAUGCGAACCCAGCCCAGCACUCCUGCUAUUACCGACGACGAGGCCGAGGGUCUUCACAUGACCAAGGCUCGCCCUGCCAACCUGCCCAACCGAAGUAAUGAAGAACUCGAGAAGCUCCUGUCCGAGAAGCGCGUCCGCGAGAUGACCGACGAGGAAGUUAUUUCCCUCUCUAUGCGUGGCAAGAUUCCUGGUUACGCACUUGAGAAGACCCUCGGUGACUUCACCCGCGCUGUUAAGAUCCGACGAAGCAUUAUCGCCCGUAACAAGGCCACCACCGAUGUUACCCACUCGCUCGACCGAUCCAAGCUACCUUACGAGAACUAUAACUGGGAGCGCGUCUUCGGCGCAUGCUGUGAGAACGUCAUUGGAUACAUGCCUCUGCCCGUCGGUGUUGCUGGUCCUCUCGUCAUUGAUGGACAGAGCUACUUCAUCCCUAUGGCCACUACUGAGGGUGUCUUGGUUGCCAGUGCCAGUCGAGGUUGCAAGGCCAUCAACUCUGGUGGCGGUGCUAUCACUGUCCUCACUGCUGAUGGUAUGACUCGUGGCCCUUGUGUUGCUUUCGAGACUCUUGAGCGCGCUGGUGCUGCCAAGCUCUGGCUUGACUCUGAGGCUGGUCAGGAUAUGAUGAAGAAGGCCUUCAACUCCACUAGUCGCUUUGCCCGUCUCCAGUCCAUGAAGACUGCUCUUGCUGGUACCAACCUGUACAUUCGAUUCAAGACCACCACCGGUGACGCUAUGGGUAUGAACAUGAUUUCCAAGGGUGUCGAGCACGCUCUGAGCGUCAUGGCCAACGAUGGAGGUUUCGACGACAUGCAGAUCAUCUCUGUCUCUGGUAACUACUGUACGGAUAAGAAGGCUGCGGCCCUCAACUGGAUCGACGGACGUGGUAAGGGUGUUGUUGCUGAGGCCAUCAUCCCCGGUGAGGUUGUUCGCAGCGUUCUCAAGAGCGAUGUCGACUCUCUUGUUGAGCUCAACGUUGCCAAGAACCUGAUCGGUUCCGCUAUGGCUGGCUCAGUCGGUGGUUUCAACGCCCACGCUGCCAACAUUGUCGCUGCUAUUUUCCUGGCCACUGGUCAGGACCCUGCUCAGGUUGUUGAGAGCGCCAACUGUAUCACCAUCAUGAAGAAGUAAGUUUGUCCCAGAAAUCAAGCCGAACACACGCUAACAUUUACAGCCUCAAUGGAGCUCUUCAGAUCUCCGUCUCUAUGCCAUCGCUUGAGGUCGGAACUCUUGGUGGUGGUACCAUCCUCGAGCCUCAGAGCGCCAUGCUCGACAUCCUUGGUGUCCGAGGCUCUCACCCCACCAACCCUGGAGACAACGCCCGCCGUCUUGCCCGCAUCAUCGGCGCAGCCGUUCUCGCAGGCGAGCUUUCUCUCUGCAGUGCCCUGGCCGCGGGUCAUCUCGUCCGGGCUCACAUGCAGCACAACCGAAGUGCCGCUCCCUCUCGCAGCACCACCCCCGCUCCUCCCAUGACACCCGUCUCCUUGGCCAUGACCAAUGCCCAGGAGCGCUCAGCGUCAACAACAUCGAUGAGCGCCGCUGCUAUUCAGAGGUCAAAGCGAUAGACGAAUAACUUUGCAUUUGAAGGAGUAGAGGCGAGCGGAUGAUAAAAAGUUAACAUAGACGAGAACAUGUAUGAGUAUGAUACACUACACACAUGGUCUGGGAUGGAGUGGAUGGUCACACAGCAUGGAGUUUUUGCAUUGGACAUUCUGGAAAGAUGAGAGCAUCCAUACAUACAUACAUAUACAGCCGUCGAAAGAUGGCAAUAUUGAAGAUGGUAGUUAUGUUAAAGUGCCACUUCGCAAUUCAAUUUUAAUCAUUUUUUUGUUAAAUCAUGCAUAUGCCUUUACUCUCGCCACUACAUCUCCAUCAAUAGACGUGAACUUGAUGCCCUUGUCCUCCAUGCCUCUCUUGCACUCCUCCCACUUAUCAGGCAUGACAGGCUUUGUCCCUUCAUUAACAAUCCAGGUGGUAUAUCCCUCCUGCAGCGCAUCCUCCGCCGUGGCUUUGACGCAAAAGUCAGCUGCCAAUCCAACCACAAAAACAUCCGUAACACCCUGUUCACUCAACAUGCCCGCGAGUCCACUAUCACUCACCCUAAACGGAUCAUAAAACGCACUAUACAUCUCCACGCGCUCAUCCUGGCCCUUUUCAAUAACAGCAUGAACACGCGAGACAUCUAGCUCCGGUACCAGCUCACAGCCCGGCGUGCCUUGGACGCAGUGCGUUGGCCAUAAAGUUGUCGUGUAGCUCUGGGAAGGGUCGUCAGGGUGCUGGAUUGUUGUGGUUGAUGUGUAGGGUGUUGAGGAGGCGUGGUUUGAGGCGAAGGAUAUGUGGGAGGAUGGGUGGAAGUCUUUUGUUGCGAGGAUGAGGGGGAAGGGGAGGGUUGUUAGGUGGUUUAUUGGGGAGGCGAUUGUGCGGCCUGAAGGGACGGCGAGGGAGCCGGACUGGAGAUGUUAGCUGGGCUUGAGUGAGAUGGGAGGCGAAUAGAGGUGGUGAUGGAUGAGAAGGCGUGGCGUGGUACACUUAUACCAACAUGAUGGUCUCAUAGCAAGCGUUGAAAGCCGUGAGAUAUGACACCCAACAACGUGUGUGUCCAGACUCCGCGCAAGUCAUGCUGAGCUUUCAACAUCCUCAUGUCUUGACAUCAAAUAUUCCUGCAGAAUAUCCACAUGGCUUCACAUGAAGCCAUGCCCAACUCAUUCCCC